CCCUUAUCUCCAUGUUUCAUAACCAUACACUCCGCACCUAAAACCACUGCAAAUCAUCAAACGUCAUCCCACUUCUCCAUGCCAAUGUCAAUGCCAAUAUCUCCAUAUUUUUCAGUCAUACCUAUACACCAUCCAGGUGUGUUUAUUACCAAUCAAACCAAUCGCAAGCUUCUUCGAACAGUCAAUUUUGACAUUUUGAAGCCUAAGGCGACAGGAGACAAGGAAUCAAAGCCUAAAACAAAGAGUGUCAUAUGUACAGAUUGUGAUGGAAAUGGUGCAGUUCAAUGUUCACAAUGCAAAGGUACUGGUGUUAACCCUGAAGAUUUCUUUAAUGGACAAUUUAAAGCCGGGGACUCGUGUUGGCUUUGCGGGGGAAGGCAAGAAAUGCUAUGUGGAAGUUGCAAUGGAGCCGGGUUUGUAGGUGGUUUCUUGAGUGGUUUUGACCAUUAGAUUCAUCUGUAGGUAUGUAAAAAGUUCAAUCAUAGGUGCAUAAUAUGUAAAUAAGUUACAUAUUUCAGUUUUUGUAUUUAUUCUUCGAAUCGGAAAAGAUGUGAUUCAAGGCUUUUCUGUAAUGAGUCAACUUAAACGCUGUGUAUGAAGUCAUUCAUUUGCUUCUGUAACAACCUAGUCGGCUCAGAAUCCGGGCGAAAGA